AUUUUGUUUUGAUUGAACCUUGAUUCAGUUCUCUUCGUUCAUUUAUUGAGCCCCCAUAACAUAGUAUUCAUCUUUUCCCGAUUUGACCGUAAACGUUUUGUCAUGAGUACGGCUAUCGCCCCGGGAGCCGUCACCGAAGCCUUGCAACUGGAAAUGGGAGCCAAGGAGCCUUGGCCCGAGGAUGCUGAAUUCUAUCAGCCCUACGAAUUGGAACAGAUCCUGUUGCCCGACAAUGCCAAUUGCUUGAGUGUUCAGGCCUAUCUGAGGAUGUGCGACCUCAAUUUCAAUCUCCGACAACGCUCCAACGCCGAGCACAUGUCACCCUCUGGCAAAGUGCCUUUCAUUCGAGCCGGUAAAUUUGUUAUUGCCGAAAUGGAUCCCAUCAUCUCAUUUGUGGAACAAAAGGGAAUCACGCUCACGGAACAUUUGGAUUCGUCUCAGAAAGCGGAUAUGAGAGCGUACAUGUCGCUGGUGUCCAACGUGUUGGGCAACGCUGAGGCCUUUGUGUCGUGGAACGAUGACACGACCUUGAGCGAGGUGACGAAGAAGCGCUACGGAUCUGUGUAUCCAUGGCCUUUGAACUCGAUCUUGAGCUGGCAGAAACGCGGUCAAGUGAUGCGACGCUUGAAAGCCUUAAAUUGGUCCUCCAAGUCCAUGUCCGAUGUCCUCAACGAAGUCGAAAAUUGUUGUCAAGCUCUCAGCGAGCGAUUGGACAACCAGAAAUACUUUUUCAAUAACAGACCUACUGAACUGGAUGCCAUGGUGUUCGGCCAUCUAUUUUCUAUCCUUACCACGCCCCUUCCGGAUAAUAGCAUGGCGAGUAUUGUGCGGAAUUACAAAAAUUUGCUGGAGCUCUGUCAAAAUAUUGACAAAGAGUAUUUCGAUCGAGCGCAUGCCACGCCUUUGUGAGAAGUUUUGCGACAGUUUUAAAAGGUUAGCCUUUAGUCAAAAAUACACAUUUAGCGAUUAACAAGA